AUGGAUAAAGACCAAAGCCGUGGCACCGAAACCACGGGUCUGAGCGAGUGGAAGCAGCGCCCCCCAUACCGCAUACACGAGCCCAACGAGAACUUCAAAGCACUGUACGAGGCAAACUGCCACUGCGGCAGGGUCAAGUAUCAAAUCAGCAGAAAGGAGCCGCUGGACUCGAAGUUGUGCCACUGCACAACAUGCCAGACGCAGCACGCCGCACCCUUCCAAUGGGCCGCCAUCUUCCACAAGACCGACAUCAACUUCGCCACGGGCCACCACGACCUCGAAUGGUACGACCCGACGUCCAAGUCCAUCGAGCACAAACUGCCAUGUAAGGUGCGCUGCAAGUACUGCCAUUCCCCCAUCAUGGAUGAGGGGAGGAAUAUGAUUUUGCUGUUUCCGAGUUUGAUCCAUUUGAAGGACGAUGAAGCCAAGGCAUUGUUCAAGCCGAGGUGUCACAUGUUCUACGGUCAACGCGUCAUGGAUAUACCGGAUGGUCUGCCUAAGUGGUCUGGGUUGAGCGAGGAGAGCGAUCUGAUUGAGGAUAGUCCGCCGGAUCUGGUCAGGGAAAGGGAGAGGAAGAGGGAGGAGGAGCGGAAGAAGCGGUUCGAGAAGGGGGAGAAUGAGUAG